AUGUAAAGAAUAAAAUCAUUUUAAUAAGAUAACUCUCUCCCCAAAAGGAACUGAAAGUAAAAUGAUUUAGAUAAGAAGAAGAGCCUUUGGGAAUCUUGGAUUCUCUCCGUAGAAGAAAGGAAGUGAAUCAACUUACGGCCGGAUCAACAUGAAAAUAAGCAGUCCGCGUGGACUUUGACCGACGUGAUCGUCUUCCCUGCACAUUCUCGCACUAGAUUACUUCAAAAAGGGUUUCAGAUUCCAGUGCCGAGGGACGGCCUUCCUUGCUCCUAUUUCCAUUUUCAACCUGGGAUUCUCUUAAAAUUAACUUAAGCCCGCACUGACCGUAAUUCUACCUCUGCUAAAGCUCCAUCUUUUUCAACUGUUGUCAUACUUUCUAGUUUCUACAGUAUGCUUCAGGUUCCAGAGCAUCAGGUUGCAGGGCACCGGGCCAUUAAUGGAAACCUUGGCCCCGUCAUAGAUAAUUCAGGACGUUUCUACAAGCCUUUCCUGGAUGAUGAACGUGGCUCCACGGAGCUGGCCUUCUAUAAAUCCUUCUGUUCUGAUACUCGGGUUCCAGACCACAUCCGCAGAUUUUUUCCUGUGUUCUAUGGCACUCAAGAUUUGGAGGCAUCUGAUGGGUCUGGCUUUCGCCCCCACCUUGUCUUGCAAGAUUUAGCCUCAAAUCACCGUAAUCCAUCGAUUAUGGAUGUUAAGAUUGGUUCCAGAACAUGGUAUCCUGAAGCAUCUGAGGACUACAUCCAAAAGUGCCUUGAGAAGGAUAGAAAAACCACCACUGUGUCGCUAGGUUUUAGAAUAUCUGGGUUGCAGAUAUAUGAAAGCAAGGAAUCAGGAUUCUGGAAGCCAGAAAAGAAACAAGUCCAGAGUUUUACUGCUGAUAAUGUUAGAUUAGUUCUGAGAAAGUUUGUUUCAUCAAAUUCUUCUAUUGGUUCAAAUGAGAACCCAGAUUGUUUUCUUGCUCCUAUUGUAUAUGGUGGUUCUGCGGGGAUUUUGGAACAAUUAUUGGAGCUGAAAGCAUGGUUUGAGGAUCAAACAAUUUACCAUUUUCAUUCAUGUUCAGUUCUCAUCCUAUUUGAUAAGGAAUCGGUUUUGAAAGGAAGGACUCCAGUUGCUGAAGUUAAACUCAUAGAUUUCGCUCAUGUUGUGGAAGGCAGAGAUGUUAUUGAUCAUAACUUCCUGGGUGGACUCUGUUCUUUGAUAAAGUUUGUGUCUGAGAUUCUCUCCAGCUCAAAGGAAUCCUCAAUCAAAGCUUGUUUUACGGAAUUGGAGAAGAAAUGCUAUUGUACUAACAAUGGCAAUUACUAGUAGAGUUGAAAAAAAGCACACAUUUUCCUCAGUUUCGUUUCUGGUCUGUUAGACUGCUGCUUCCUUCCAUGCAAACUGAGGAAUUUUGUGAUUUUCUUGAGUUUAGAUUUGAAUAAUUUGCAAGCAGGCUGCAUCUUAAUUGUUUAGAGAGAUUGUUAGUUUUGUUUCAAUAAGAUUUUCCGUAAUGAAGACCUAUUUCUUUGCAAUUGUAUCAUUUUCGACAUAGCACUAUAGUUUCAAUUUGUUUCUCUUGGUAAUGUAACUAGAAUGCAAAGCUUGAUCAUGCAUUGUCUAGAGAGCUGACAGUAAAAAGAAAAGUAGCUUACAAGAAAAUCUUUCUAGAGAUUGACAGUGGUGGAAAGCUUAAAGCCAGUAGAUGCUUCACGGUCCACAGCAUGAAGGAAUGCUGUCAAAAAGGUGUAAACAAGUCAUGAUGAUGGGGACCCUUUACGGAGUUCCUGGAAUAUCAUAUCUAAGUCACUCCUACUUUCUUUAGAGCAUCUUUUUUGUGCUUCAUAAUCUGAAUUUGUCAAAACGUACUGUGAAGUUUACUGGAAUGCUUGGUAACAUAUACUAGCACUCUUUGACUGGAAUUCUGUCAUGGGUCUAAAGAUUUCCAGGGGAUUGUGCUCUGAGGUGGAUGUUGGUUUUGUUUGUAUUGGAAUCUAUUCCUUUUCCUGCUGUGUUUUAUGAAGCUUACCACAAUAUUCAUCUUUUGGCUGUUA